UCAAUGAAUCUUAGCGCCGAGCGCUAUCGGUUCUAAUUUUGACUUCAAUACAUCUUGAGCCGAAUAUACUUUCGUCUCACACAACACCAAGGCAUUAACUUCAACUCAAACAUUACGAUGGCUGCCAUAUCACCAGGACUCGUCUCAGCCAUGGAUGUGAUUGGCAAGAGAGAUGAUGAAGAGAUUUGGUAUCACAGCCCGUUUGCUGCGAAGCUUUGCAGUUGCAUUAUCGAAAUCACGACCGCUUGUGUGCUAUCCAGCUUCAUCACGCUGCGUGCGGUGAGAGUCAGAAGGAAGGGCUGGCAUAACUUACCGUGGAUCAUCUGGCUCGUUUUUCUCAUUUACGGAACAUCACUGGCAUAUUCGGUCUCUGCCCUCAUCAUGCAGUUCGUGGUAGGAAAUGGUACGAGCAAAGCAACCUGCAGAGCAACAGCACUUCUAUGCCCCAUUAUCUACAUGGGAAGCAAGAUUUUCAUCUUCCUGUUUCUUGUGGAUCGUGCACACGUCAUUCGCAGUACUAGAAAACCAAGACUGAGAUCUAAGUUGUAUCUCUGGAAUAUUUUCCUGGUCAUUGGCAUCUACGGGACGAUUAGCAGCUACAAUAUUGCAGAUACUGUCUGGGAUUUGUAUGGUGGUGGUUGUCGCAUCUACUUUCGCUGGCAAUCGAUGAUACCACUCAUUGCAAUAGAUCCUAUUGCCACUGUUUACCUGACCAUUUUGUUCUUGCAGCCACUCUGCAGAACAUAUUCGCUGCGCUGGCUACCCUCCACCACCGGUUUCCGUUACUUUCAUCCCGUGGCUCAUUCAACCAACCAUCCAAACCGUAGGCUUCGGCAACUGGCGAAGAGAACCAUCAUCGGUUCGAUAGCCACAAUGGGCAGCAGUCUACUUAACUGCAUUACCAUAGUGGGUUUGCGGGGGGAGGUUGCGUGGCUUUGCAUGAUGUGUUGCACAAGCGAUAUUCUAUUCUCAGCUAUCGUCAUUCAUUGGAUGAUGAACAGCAGCAGUACUGGCACCCGUGAGGCAACGGAGGAUAGCAGUACCAAGACCUCUACCAGAGCUCUGUGUCAGCAGCGGCCUUCUCCUCCUGUCGUCGCCUCUCCUCGCCCGAUUCACGUAUUGCCCAGCCUACGAAGUCAUUACUCGGCAGGAGUGUAAAUCCAACGAUGGAUAGUGUGAAGUAUGGAGUCACAUAAGCCCUCACUUUCUUAAUCAAUUCCAAUUGAAUUGAGCUCAUAGGUGCGGUGCCGAAUGGCUUGAGGAUUUCUGGCAUCUUUCAUUCUGCCUAGGUCGUCU